UUUUGGGGUUUGAUGCAUCCGUCUUGCAAGAGGCUGGCCUGCCUGGCACUCUGCUGUAAGUGCACUCCUGCAGUUGUCUGAAUGGGUUCACUGGGGUUAGCCACAUGCUUGAGCUCAGGCACGUGGAAAGUUUCAUAACCAAGUCACACUUGUGUGCUGGACGGAGCAUGUAGCACUCGGAGGAAGUUCUGGUCUCAUUGCACACAGUGGUGUGACUCACUCUGAUGGCAGACUUGGGACUGCAAACUGGUCUCUCACAGAACAGUCUGCUAUGGCGUGGGCUGCAGAUAGUGAGAACAGGUUAUUUGUGGAAACUGAACGGUAAUUAUUAAGCCCUACUGUGAACGUGUCCUGUGAUUUCAAUGUGAUAAUCACUGAAAUCUGUUCUGGGUCAUGCAUCCUGUUUCCAGUCUUGCAAAAAGGGUAGGUGAAGAUAAGCAAUGAAUGAAAUAUCACUGUUGGAUGCUGCAUGCAGUCUUCUCAUGACUUCUUUGAAAUGGAAAAAGGAUUGUUUUAUCAUUCUCGUGACUUUACAAAUCUCAAUGCUAGUCAUUCUGUUUAUGAUAACAAACAUAAAAAUGUCGGUAGGUUAUUGAAAGAGAAAAUGUUACCAUGUCAGUAAGUAUAAUUAAUUUUUAGGAGCAGUAGAAUGAAAAUACUUCAAAUCUAUUUGUUGAUAUUUUUGUAUUUUCCAUAAAACCCCUCAGCCAAUUCAGAUUUCUAUUUUCUCCAUGUUCUUUUCAAGGUACUGACAGAUUCAUAUUGUGGAUAUUACAAAAGAAAUUUAGAAAUAGGGGAAAAUGUGGAAAGACUUAGUGUUUAGACUCCUUAUAAACUUUUCUAUAAACACUGAUUCCACUGGUUCACUUUCUGACUCAGUUUAUAUCCUUUGUUGUUCUACUACUCAUAAAUGGAUCGAAGCCCCUUACAGUAAAAUAAGACUUGAAUGUGAAGAAAUUAAAAUUGAAAGUGUUUCAAAAUCUGACUUUCUGUAAGGGGGACUUCCUGUUUUCCAGUCGAUAAGGCAGUUCACAUUUUCUGCAUCAUUUUAUUUCCUUGUCUUUCUAAAAGAGGAGACAGACUGGGAUAUUCAGCACAUUAAACUGCAAUUACAUUACAACUAGACUAAAUUCUACUAUGCAUUCUGUCCCUAUGGAGGAAGUCAGCUGACAAAAUUAAUAUUUUUGGUCAGCUCAAAAGUAAAAGUGAAAAUAAAAUGUAACUAUUUUAAUGAAAACCGCAGGGCAUUCAGUAAAACUGCUUGGGAGAGUCCAGGGAAAUGACCCCUCAGAAAAGACUGAAGGCUGCAGAAGGGUGGCAGAUGGCUACUAGUGCUUGAAAAUCAAGUGAGGGUAAUAGUUCAAGGUCUGCCAAUUUCUGGAUGAUGCAGAUUAAGAAGAAAUCUUCCAUAAAUCUAUGGUCUGACAGCUCUUGUAAUUUCAUGCAUGAAAAUAAAUCAUUUUGCAAAAGCUGUAGAAAACUGUGUGUAAAGUGAGCACAGUGGUGCACUUAAACUGCUGCUAUUCCUAAAUCUCAAAUUAGGACGUAUUGAGAGGGGCUGUUAAGGAACAUCGUGUCCUGAGCAAACAAAAAGACUCAUUUUAAAAACAUGCAUCCAGUUUAUGACUUCCAAACAGGAGAGGAGAGAUCGCUAAUUGAUUCUUUGUCAGAGCUAAAUCAAAAUUCUUCUUACUGCACCAAUACAGUAACAGAGCACUGCUUUUUCUUGUUUCCUGAAGGCAGUAAACUGCUAGGAUUAUUCCUGAAUGCCCUGGAAAGCAACAGUGCUCAUCUUUGCAUCUACAUGUUUUACAUCUUCAUUGAAGUGUUUACCAGCAGCCAAUGGGAAUGAAUAUGACCAAAAUAAUUGCAGUUAUCUGAUGCCCAAAGUCCUGUUUCCGUGCUUGCUUUGAACAAGAUAUCCUGCAACCAUUGGUUUACUAUAGUUGGAGUCAAAGCAAUGGAAAUAAUUCUUUCUGGAUGUACAGUAUAAAAAUUAUAAGUGAGGCAUUUAUUCUCACCUAUUCCCUUUGGGUCUUCUGUUAGCCACUGCUAGAGGUAGAAUAUUGGAGCAAAGGGACAAGGCAAAAUCUUGUAAUAAAGUGGUGCUAUUCUAUAUGAAAAUUGGCUAUUUCUUUUAAUGCUUGAGAUCUAAUACUAAGGUCUAUAGAAACAUUACUAUUUAACUAUUCUAGUCCUCUGGUGCAUUUUUAUUUGUGACUGCUUUCUCAUUUUGUAAAAGAAAAUCUGUCCUGUGAAUACAAGAGAAUCUGGGAGGAUGCUUCUGUUGUAUGAGGAACUUGCAUAAUGUCAUAUCAUAGAAAAGCUGGAACGAGUUUUGGAAUCAUCCAGUUUAAUUUCUAGUUGUUUGAACAAUACUGCUGUGCUUAUUCCACUGAGAUUAUAAUAAUAGAUAACGUAUAGGAUUCAAUUAAGUGAAUGCCACACCAAUUUUCUGUGGUAUUUUCUCCAGUCGUACAGCCACGAGCUGUAUCUCAUUAGAUGUUAAUAAAUUUAGAUGAGAGACCCCCGAGGAACUAAUUGCUGAUGCAAUUUCUAGUUCAUCAGAGAAUGCUGCUUUCUUUGUUGGUAUCAUUAGACAAGUGGCCUUCCAGCUUUCAGGCCAAAACAUUCUAGAUAUCCAAGUGAUUAACUUCUUGAGUGUGAUCUGCUACUAAAUUAAGGAUAUCUUACUGCAUUUGAUACCCUCAUUUCUCCCAAGUACUGAAUUAAAAGUUAAGGCAGAAAUGUGCUGGUGGAGAAAUACUUGUACCUGUAAGUUAGCUUAACUGGUUGUCAGGCUCUGGAAUUUUAUUUUCCAAAUACAUAUUAAAUAUUUUGUUACAGUAGUCCAAAUGUAUGCUGCAUCUACUUUUAGUCAACCAAAUAGAUGUUCUAUUUUUUCAUUAAGGCAUUAAAGCCAGGUCCUGGCUUAAUAGUAAAUCCCUCAUUGUGAUCAGAUUUUGAGUUCAAAUUCAACCUUCUUUUUCACCUUCUCUCUCUCUCUUUUUUUUUUUCAAUCCUCUGAAUGAACCACUUGUUCCCAGCUGAGGCAAGUCAUUUUGUCACUGCUAUACAUUUUUACGUAUUUUGGUGGUAUGCUUUGUUGUAAAAUAGUGAUUUUUCCAAGAAUAGAACCGAAGUGCUGCAGUUCAUGAUGUUCACUGUUGGGCUUAUAAAAGGCCUUGAGACGCAUUUAGACGACAGGAACUUCACAAAUGAACCUCUUGUUCCUGUGAGCAGAGUAAAUAAUAAUAGCCUGUGAUGUAAAAAGCCCACUUCUGUUCGCACUUAAAAGUUGAUAAACAUCAGCCAGCUACCUCUGGAAGGAAAAAGUGCAGUCCUGAAAUGUUUCUGUGAUGAGAAAAAAAGUGAUUCACAGCAUGUGUGAAAUCAGGACAAGUACCAGAAGGUAAGAAUAAUAUCAAUCCCUUGAAUUUGGUACGGCUAUUCUUUUUGUAAUAUAUAUAUAUAUUACAUAUACAUAUACAAUAUAUAGAUAUAGAUAUAGAUAUAGAUAUAGAUAUAUAUAUAUUUUUUUUUGCACGUGCCAUGCCUUUCCACAGUAUUGCCAGAUGAGAGAGAGUUUCAACACGCAGCUAAAACGAACAAUUUGGAAACCAUGGAAAAGCUGUUUAAGAAGAACCUUAAUAUAAACGCAGUGGAUACUGAAGUCACACGUCUGCGGUGGAUUUUCUGCUCCAUCACAAAGCUAGAGUUGAUAUGGCAGAUCAGCAUGGCCUGACAGUGAUCCAUCUUGCAGCUUGGACUGGAAAUCUGGAUAUAAUGAGGAAAUUAGUUAAAGCUGGUGCUGAUCAAAAAGCUAAGAAUGAGGAAGAAAUGAAUGCACUGCACUUUGCAGCACAGAACAACAGUGUUAAAAUAACUGAUUAUUUUCUCCAAGAUCUUCAUCUGACUGACUUGAACAAGCCUGAUGGGAAUGGUAGAAAGCCAUUUCUUCUGGCAGCAGAAAGAGGCCAUGCUGACAUGAUAAAUAAUCUAAUAGCUCUAAAUCUGUUCACGACCGAAAAAGAUAAGGAGGGAAACACAGCCCUACAUCUGGCAGCUAAAAAUGGCCACAGUGAAGCUGUAGUGAUUCUGCUCAAACACUGGGAUGAAGUAAAUGACUUCAAUCAGAAUGGAGAAACUCCAUUUUACUUGUCUGUUGAAAGAGGUAAUGAAAAAUGUGCUGAACUCCUACUGGAAGCAGGAAGUAACAUUGAUGUUUUAACUCACAACAACAGCAAUGCAUUGCAGGCUGCCAUUCAGAAUGGACAUCAAUCCUUGGUCACUUUUCUUAUUGAUAAGAACAUUGACCUGGUCCCUAAACCUGAGCAGAAGAAUUCCCCUCUGCAUUUAGCAGUCAUCAGUAAUCAUCUGCUGAUUAUGAAAAAACUCUUGGAAGCGAAUCAUGACAUAAACUUCUUAAAUCAUAGGCAUGAAACUCCCCUACAUUUGGCUGCUGAUGUUGGCAAUGUGGAGAUGGUAGAAGUGCUGCUGAAGGCAGGUUGUGACCUCAAGAUCACGGACAGGCAUGGAAGAACUGCACUUGCCGUGGCUUCAAGGAGCAAUUACGCCCUCAUUGUAGAUAUGAUCAUUAAAGCAGAAAGGCAUUAUGCCAUGGAACAGGCACACCUAGGUCAUGGUGACAGUUGGUCAGACUCUGAUUUGUCCUUCAAACAAGAUCACAGUACACGCACCAAGCAACUCCGUUCCUCCCUGUGGAAUCUGGCGUACAAUCAUUUAAAACGCCAGGAAUGGAAAAUACUGGCCCUGUUCUGGAAGUUCACAGAUGAGCAGAUUAAAGCUAUUGAGGAACAAUGGACAGGGAAGAAAAGUUAUAAAGAACACGGCCACAGAAUGCUGCUGAUCUGGUUACACGGUACUUUGUUGGCCCAUCAGAAUCCUGUCAAGCAUAUAUUCAAAGACUUGGUGGAAGCAGGAUUUCAGCAUUUAGCUGAGAAGAUCAGAACUGAAAGUAGCACUGACAUGGAGUCCAGAAAAUGUGAAAUUUCAUGAGUUCAUUGAUAAACAGCAUAUGUGAUGGAAUUACAUGCCAGAUGGAGAGACUUUCAUAUACAAAUAUCUCCUCUAGAAAUGAAAAUGUGUUUUGAAGCUGCAAGCUAGAAGAACUUGCUCUCCUGAAAUACCGGUUAUUCCUUGCUAUACAAUGAUCUAAAGUGAAUGCCUAGAUGGUAAUUUAGGACUAUAUUGUCAAGCAAGAGCCACCCUAUAAUUUCUGCACCUGCCUUAACAUUGUGUAUAAUUCUUUAUCAGAACUCCCCACUAAAGCUAUAUUGUGUUUGACCUAAAAUGUAAAUGAGACAUUUUCUUGUUGAAAUAAAUGUAAUAAGUGAAAAUUGGGUGUAUAAAUCAACACUUCCCAAAAUAGGUUGGCACCUCACCUCAUUUGGAAUUCAGGUUUUUAUAGUCUUGUUAGGAUUACAGUUUUCCUAUCUGAGUAGACUUUCUUGUUUAGUUAAUGCUUAGACAAGUGUUUCCUCUUCAGCAUUUGAUUCAUAUAGUAAAAAUAUACAAAAAUAGCAUCUAAAACCAUCUGCAACUAGCUACAGAAUUUUGUCAUGGCAUAACCUUGUUUACACACUCAAAAAAGAAUAUUUGAUAAUUUAAUACUUUACAUAUAUAUUUUUAAACAUUUUUAAACCUUGUUUAUUCCUUGAACUAUAUUUGGUGGUGUCUUGGAUAAUGUUUACAAGUUUUCUGGCUACUGAAUGCAUUUCACAUCUGAAAAAUGAUGUACAAUGUCUGUCUUCAUACUCCUAUGUGUAACACAACAGCAGUUUUAUCAUACAGUGGAAGUACUGAGGCAUUGCCUUACCUACCGCUGCAUACCCAGCAUCUUUCGGUACUGGACUUCAGUGUUUGCAUACAAAGCUGGUAAUCUGAGGUCUUAGUCUUAUGCCUAAGUGCUCUUUCACAUUCAAGCCGUUCUGACAAGGCUGCAGAACUAUACAGAAGACGGGAAUUGGUAAAUCCCCAGGUUUUAGAAUCUGGGACCUAAGUUAAAACACAAACUCUUACAUCCUGUCAGGCACGCAUCAACAUUUUGCACAAUGAAAAUGCUUGACAGUUUGCUAGACUCGAGGUGUGUAACCCGACUCAUGUCAUAUCCUGGCUGUGGAGGCCACUGCCCUAUUGUCUGUU